UAGUUUGGUGGUGGUUUUGAGGAAUCUUCCUUAUCCGCUCGGUGGAGCAGUGAAAAAAGAUGGCCGGAGUGUGCGUCUCUUGGGGAGGCGGAGCAUGUCGCUUUUUCCCUCCAAUUCGCCGGCGUUUUCCUGUUUCCUCCACCGUCUCAUCCCUCGCUCUUCCAGAUUCCUCCGCUAUGAUCGUCGACGACAAUCUCGGCGCAUUUCUCAAGAUCCUUCCACGAGAUCUCCGUCAUCUUCUCCUCAACGAUUCUCGAAGAAAUCAGCUUGUUGAGGUGAUUAUGGAUUUGGGAAGACCACCUGAAGCACGUUAUCUCGGUGAACCUGGAGGCCAGUAUCUUAGGAACAUCGAGGUAUCCAUGGAAGAGCUAGAGGAUGCUCAAGAGCUGGUAGGUGAAUUUGGUGCUGACAAUAGAGCUGGAAUAGAGGGUACAUUGCACAGGAUAUCAGCUAUUCGUAAUAGGAAAGGGUUCAUUGUUGGUUUAACUUGUCGGGUUGGGAGAGCUGUGAGUGGUCACAUUGAUAUGCUCUAUGAUCUCCUUCACUAUGGCAAAAGUAUCUUGUUUGUUGGACGGCCUGGUGUUGGUAAGACCACUGUAUUGCGAGAGAUUGCUCGUGUCUUGUCUGAUGAAUUCCAGAAGCGAGUGGUGAUAAUUGAUACCAGCAAUGAAAUAGGAGGAGAUGGAGAUAUUCCACACUCAGCUAUUGGAGGUUCUCGUAGGAUGCAAGUACCGAAGCCAUCUUUGCAGCAUAAAGUUAUGAUUGAGGCAGUAGAGAAUCAUAUGCCUCAAGUGAUCAUUGUUGAUGAGAUCGGCACAGAAGCUGAAGCACUUGCCUGUCGUUCCAUUGCUGAAAGGGGAGUGAUGCUAAUUGGCACUGCUCACGGAGAGCAGCUCCAGAACAUAAUAAAGAAUCCUACACUUUCAGAUUUGAUUGGAGGCAUUGAGACUGUCACUCUUGGAGAUGAAGAAGCGAGGGCGAGAAGGAGUCAGAAGAGUAUUCUCGAGAGGAAAGCUCCACCGACUUUUUAUUUCUUGAUAGAGAUGAGAGAACGGGAUUAUUGGAUUGCACAUCAAACUGAAAAGAGCGUUGAUAUGUUGCUUCGUGGAAGGAAUCCCAUGGUUGAGGUGAGGAGAAGGGAUGAUGAGUACAAGGUGGUAAUAGAAAGGUGGAAGGCAUAUGACGGGCAAGGCAUCUGAGAUUUAUUCAUCGUUGUUAGACUUGGGCAUCUUUCUUAUGUACACAAAUGUUUGCAAAAGAUUAUAAGAACACAAAUGCAUCCAUCUCAUUACAUCCAUCAGGAUCGCAUUCAAUUACUCAUUUGUAUCGAUACGUACUCAAGUGUACAAGCCGACGUCUAGUGGCACUGAGCCCAUCACAUGUCCACAUUUCAUCUGUUACACAA